GCCUCGAGGCAUCGACUGUGGGUCGCUAUAAUACCCAUCAAUCAUCUUCAUGUAUAACGGAGCAGACAAAUUAGAUCAGUGACCUUCGCGUCUAAGACAACAAUCACAACGAGAUAAUAUUGUCAAAUCAUAGGAAUCUCUAAUGACCAUUCCAGACCAUCUUCGUUCCUUGAGUUCUUUCUUCCUACCACUGGUUUCGCCUGAUAAACAAAACAUUGGCCUCAGUUCCUGCCCACACUGAAGUCUGUGGGUGGCAUAUUUCAGCCUCGCUCAAUCUAGACCACACCCAGUCUUAUUCUCUGAAGGCAAUCUAUCAUCAUCAUUAUUCUUGAUAUUAUUGUCAUCCUUCAACCGUCUACUACGCAUAACUAGAAAGCAUGGAUAUCACCGCUCAGAACUUUGGGCUAACUCUCCCUAUGCUCCUAGAUGAGUUGUCAACCUGCUGUUUUGUAGCCCUGGACUUCGAGUUCUCAGGAAUAGCAAAAUCUCUCGAUGGAGGCACGAGCCGGAGGAGCACGCUUCAGGAGCGGUACGAAGAGGUCAAGACAUCUGCCGACCACUUCCAGAUCCUGCAGGUCGGCUUGACCAUCUGUCAUGAAGACCCGAAGGAAGGUAUCUACACCCUGCGGCCGUAUAACCUGUAUUUGAGCCCGAUCAUUGACGACAGACUCGGAAUCGAAAGGCACUGGUCCUUUCAAAGCAGCGCUGUUGCGUUUCUCUUGACCCACAGAUUUAGCAUGGACUCGCUCUUCAGAAAUGGCGUGGGUUAUCUAUCUCGAGACGAAGAGAUCAAGGCCGUUGCCAAGGUCACUGAAAAGUUCAACCGUCCGGAAGCGACGACCACAAUAGGCGUUGAUGAAACCGAGUUGGAAUCAAUUGCCUUUCUCCAAGAAGUGCGACGUCUUGUGGAUGAGUGGCUUGCGCUUGGUACAGCCCGUGGCAACUACCUCAACAUCCCACCAGCCAGUCGUGCCGGUGCAGUCGAAAAGCCUGGUCUCGUGCCGGUGGAGCUUAACAGAUUCCAAAAGAGACUCAUAUAUCGACUUAUAGAGGUGGAAUACCCGUUGCUGAAAGCUUUCGGACGGCCGGCCGGGUUCCUGCAAAUCAUAGACCGCGACGAGAAGCGGGAACAAGCCGUCCUUGCGCAGAAAAUCGAGUCUACGCAGAAGAGAGCUUGGGAACAGACGGGGUUCAGAUGGGUCGCCGAGGCUCUGGCUGGUGGUGAUCUCGCAAAUCUCCCGCAGGACUACUUCAGCAACCGCUGGGCAGGCUUGCAAGGGCCAAGGCCCCAGCUGAAUCCAGAUCAAAUCAAGCAACGCCUGCGAGCCACUCGACCAGUGCUCGUGGGCCACAAUCUUUUCACCGACCUGAUAUACUUCUGCCGAUGCUUCUUCGGACCUCUGCCGGAUCGUGUCGAGGAGUUUCAAUCGAUGACUCAUGAGAUGUUUCCUGUUCUGAUGGAUACGAAAUAUAUGGCUACCCAUGAUUGCGGUUCCAUCAACCCUACGUCUUCCUUGCAAGAUAUUCACAACAAGCUGGCUCCCAACCCUUACCCGAAGACCAAGCUUGCUUCUCAGCAUACAAAAUACAAAGCUCAAGGCAUCAACCAUGAGGCGGGCUAUGACAGUCUGCUCACCGCCGAAGUCUUCAUCAAGCUCUCUGCACAGCUUCGGGACCGGGGCGCAGACGAUGAACCUACACCGCCAGCCCACGAGCUUAUCUGGCAGGGUCAACCAAUUACACAGUUACAGACUCCAGACAGGGGCGCAUACAAAACUGAGUUUGGGCAGGGUGAGAGGCUGAGCCUGCCUAUCCAACAACAGAAUCGUGACAGAGGCAAGAACACAAAGGCGACAGGAUCAACCCCAAAGUCUGGUCAGCGUGCGUCGGUCGAGUCGCACGAGCAGCUCGUUGAGCAUACGAUCAAUAAUUAUAUGAAUCUCCGCACGGGCGAGGCUGAGGAGGCCAGCAAGGGCGCGGCUCACAGUGUCAGCGCGGGUUCUCCAAGAGCGUCUCAGAUGGCGCUGAGACCCAGUAAUUCCAUAGUAAUCCAAGAUAGAGCGAACGGUGGACAGCUGAUCCCUCGUCUAGACGCCAAAUUCUGGAGCACUUACGGAAACAAGUUGCGUGUCUUUGGGACGCAAGAGAGGGUGUGCCAGUUUGGCUGAGGCCGAUCGAGACUACCAGGAAUAGCAAUUGCAUAGACUCUGGCAUUAUGAGUAGUAAUGUAGCGAUGAGCUUAUGAUCUACAUUUACUACGAGUUACUACUAGCCCCGAGUAUCACAAUUGCCCAGCGUUAACUAAACUGAGUGAUGGUAGGGAAUGUAUGCAGCGUCUAUCUAACAGUACACCUUGGUUCAAGAAGGUACCGCUAGCGAAAAAUGGCCGCAAAGUACUCACUCUGAGCACCGGAAAAAUGAUCGACUGGUCGUGGAAAAACUAGAACAGUGACGAUAAGGAAAUG